UAACCGAUCCAAAAUGGCGGACAUUGCUGCAGUUUCCUAACCUUCAGUACGCUGUAAACUUAACAGGAGGGGGACUCUUUGCGUUGACCGAGCUCCUCGAUUACGCUAGCAGCCUGGAGACAUUAGAGUUCACACAAGGAGACUUACAAAUCAGCAGAAAACCAAAAUCUUCAUAAAGUGAUAUUUAAUAAGUCUAUUUCUGGAAACAAUGAAGAGUAUCAAGAGAGAUGGUGUAUGGCGGCCAGGUUGGUGAAGAUGAGGGUUCUUCAGGUGUGCACGAACGGUUCAGGGAAAUGCACAACAAGGUGGAGCUUCCUGACAAAUGGAGAAUUACUUCCAGACAGAAGCCUUUAACCUUGACAAGGUCCUGGAUGAAUUUGAGCAGAAUGAAGAUGAGAUUGACGCUCCUUUAUUAGAUUCAAAAUGGAGCCAAAUUUUAGCUCCUUCUCUGCAUGUUGUUGCUGUUAGCCCUUCCAUUGUUAACUCUUCUACAGCAGAGGGCUUUCAUCAAGGAGACCAACAACUACAAAUCAAAUCAAUUUCAGAGAAAGUACUUGUUGAAGAGUGUGAAGUAACACAGACGGACAUCAGGGCAGACUGCUGCCUAAAUGGAAGUAACGGAAGCAAAACAUUCCAGCUUAUUGAUGAGCAGCCUGUGGCAGAAAUUAAUUUGCUCAAAAAAAACUGUUUACCUGAGGUGUGCAUGCAUCCCUCACAGGAAAACAUUGACAAUGUUACAGAAAAUACUUCUGAAAAUGGUAAAGCUUUGUCUUCUGAUGUUAGGACAUUGCCAAGUGCAGAUACAGAUAAUAUUGUAAUAUGUACAGAUUUGACAAAUUCUCCUUUGCAGAAUGGUUGCUCCCUUUUCACUGGUUUAAAUGGUUGCCCAGAAGAUACAGGGCUUCUUUUUAAUCAGAUGUACUUUGAACCGAAUUCAGUUGAUCAUGUUGAUGUUGCUGGAUCAAAUUUGCCUUCAUUUUUACAUGAUAAAUGCAUUAAUCAAAAUAAGUGCAACCAUGCAGAGUUGCCAAAAUUGUCGUCUCCUGCUGUUAAUGUGGAGAAAACUUGUACCAGUUUAUCCACUGCAGAGGAAAAUAUUUUCACUGCUGAAGUAGACAAGAGUCGGACCCAAGGUUGUGAGAUGUUCCAGAAGAAAAGCAUUAUCUUUGGCUCACCAAAGGGAGAUAAGGUCACCAAAGACCUCCAGAGGCUUCAGGCACCUCACUGUGGAGGUAGCAUUUGCAAAGACUCUGUUUCUGGUGAAUGUUUGGCCCCUUUACCUGACAGUGAAGACGUGAUUGGUUUAAUUCCCACUAAUGAUGCUUCCAUUUUGGCAAAGACCAUCCAGUCAACAAAGGAAAGUACACAUUCAUGUUCAGACACCAAAGUGCAUUUAGAGGGGUCAGGUAUUGGAAAACUUUCACAAAGCAAUGAAUCUUUAGAACCCCUGUUAAUGGGUAAACAAGAGUCAUUUUCAGGAACUGAAGAUUCCUUUGUUGGGGAAAUGAAAAGCAAUGAAGAAAGUAACAAAAUAGAAUUAAAUGUAGAGGUGGAAGGAGAUCGAUAUACCAGCCAAGAUGCACCUGAAGAUGUUUCUUCUUCACUGUGUAUUCUUGCCAAUGGCUUGGAUGCAAAACAACUUUCUGAGAUGAAUGAAGACUCAGCACAUCAUGCACCAUCUAAAGAAGAUUCUGUUACUGAAGAAAAAGAAAUGGAGGAGAGCAAAUCUGAAUGUUGUGAGCAAAUUAAAGGUUUUGAAACAGUAGAUGGUAAUUCCGGAUCAAGCCAAAGACUCUUCACUGCUUCAGAGAAACUGAGUAACACUAAUUUUCAGCCUGUGAGUAUACCCUAUGGGGGUGCCCGACCAAAGCAGCCAGUCACUCUCAAACUUCAGAUUCCUCAAAUCCUCCCCAGUCAAGUGCAAAAUGAACUUGGACAGUCAGUUAAAAACAAGAAUAUAGAGCCACAAUGUAGGUCUAACACUGGAGAGACCAUACCUAGUGGAGAAAGUUUUGGAGUAGAAGCAAGUACUCCUUGCUCAGCCACUGAGUGUUCUGGGAUUGCAGCCUCAGGAGAUUCUAGUACCACAACUAGUUUACACCAUUCUUCUGAGAGCCCUGAUAAUGACCUACAGGCUGGACACUUUGGAGGGUUACCAAAAAAGCCGUUCACUGCUUUGGGGGAAUUAGCUCCUGUUUGGGUACCUGACUCACAAGCACCUAUAUGUAUGAAGUGUGAAGCUAAGUUUACCUUUACUAAGAGAAGACACCAUUGCAGAGCCUGUGGGAAGGUAUUCUGCGCAUCAUGCUGUAGCUUGAAGUGCAGGCUGAUGUAUAUGGAUCGCAAGGAAGCCCGUGUUUGUGUCACUUGUCAUGCAGUUUUGAUGAAUGCUCAAGCAUGGGAGAAUAUGGUUAAUGCUUGUAACCAAAGCCCAAAUCCGAAUAACCCUGCUGAGUACUGUUCAACUAUUCCACCAAUGCAGCAAGCUCAAGCCUCAGGGGCCCUCAGUUCACCUCCACCUACUGUGAUGGUACCAGUUGGAGUUUUAAAACAUCCUGGAAAUGAAGGCUCUGUACCCCGAGAGCAACGGCGAGUCUGGUUUGCUGAUGGGAUUCUUCCAAAUGGAGAAGUAGCAGAUUCUGCAAAAGUGACUGUGGGUGGCCCAGCACCCCCUGGACCCUUGACAGUAUCACGAGACUCCUCCAAGUCAUUGACAUGUAAUCAUAAUGCAUCUGAGCUUUUACCUGCAACAACUGUUCAGAGUAGUGCUGUGGCGGUGGGUAGUCCUGUUGGAAGCUCAAUGAACCUGAUCCCUGAGGAUGGGCUCCCUCCCAUACUUAUAUCCACUGGCAUCAAAGGAGACUACGCUGUAGAAGAAUGGCCUUCAGAAAUAUCUGUGAUGCAGCAGCUUGAAGAUGGUGGCCCUGAUCCUCUUGUAUUUGUACUUAAUGCAAAUCUGCUGGCUAUGGUCAAACUUGUUAACUAUGUGAAUCGCAAGUGUUGGUGCUUGACAACAAAAGGCAUGCAUGCAGUAGGACAGGCAGAGGUGGUAAUAUUACUGCAGUGUCUUCCUGAUGAAAAGAGCAUUCCUAAGGAUGUUUUUAGCCAUUUUAUACAGCUCUACCAAGAUGCACUUGCAGGUAAUGUCAUUGGAAAUCUUGGACACUCAUUUUUUACCCAGUGUUUCCUGGGUAGUAAAGAUCAUGGAGGUUUUCUUUACAUAACUCCAACCUUCCAGUCCCUUCAGGAUUUAAUAUUGCCAAACCCACCCUAUCUCUUUGGAAUCCUUAUACAAAAGUGGGAGACCCCAUGGGCUAAAGUCUUUCCCAUUCGAUUAAUGUUAAGGCUUGGAGCAGAGUAUAGGUUUUAUCCAUGUCCUCUGUUCAGUGUUCGGUUCCGGAAGCCUCUCUUUGGUGAGACUGGUCAUACAAUAAUGAAUUUACUAGCGGAUUUUCGAAAUUACCAGUAUACAUUGCCUGCUGUCACUGGACUUGUAAUUGAUAUGGAAGUGAGAAAAACCUGUAUCAAAAUUCCCAGCAACCGGUAUAAUGAGCUGAUGAAGGCAAUGAACAAAUCAAAUGAGCAUGUUCUGGCCAUAGGGGCAUGCUUUAAUGAACGUGCAGAUUCUCAUCUUGUGUGCGUCCAGAAUGAUGAUGGAAACUAUCAGACUCAGGCAAUCAGUAUACACAAUCAACCACGCAAAGUUACUGGAGCCAGUUUUUUCGUGUUUAGUGGGGCUCUUAAAACAUCUUCUGGUUAUUUGGCAAAGUCCAGCAUUGUUGAAGAUGGAGUAAUGGUUCAGAUUACAGCAGAAACCAUGGAUGGAUUGCGGCAAGCUCUACGAGAGAUGAAGGACUUCACUAUUCAAUGUGGCAAAGUUGAUCAGGAGGAACCUCAAGAGCAAGUACAAAUAAAGUGGCUGGAUGAUGACAGAAAUUUCAAUAAAGGGGUUAUCAGCCCCAUUGAUGGCAAAUCCAUGGAGUCCAUUACAAGUAUCAAGAUAUUCCAUGGCUCAGAAUACAAAGCUAAUGGAAAAGUCAUCAGGUGGACAGAGGUUUUUUUUCUUCAAAGUGAAGACCAGUCCAAUGGAUUGAGUGACCCUGCUGAUCAUAGUCGACUUACAGAAAAUGUAGCACGGGCAUUCUGCGUGGCUCUCUGCCCACAUCUGAAACUACUAAAGGAAGAUGGGAUGGCAAAGUUGGGCCUUCGAGUUACAUUAGAUUCUGACCAGGUGGGAUACCAGGCUGGCAGUAAUGGACAGCCGCUGCUCCCUCAGUACAUGAAUGACUUGGACAGCGCUUUGGUACCAGUAAUUCAUGGCGGAGCCUGCCAGCUAAGUGAGGGGCCUGUGGUUAUGGAACUCAUCUUCUACAUCCUUGAGAACAUUUCGUAAGAAAGAAGGGUUUGGCGUGCCUUGCCUCCUCUGUUACAUUAAUUUUCCCAGCCAUUUGCACUUAAAAAGCCUAUAAGCUGUGCUGGAAAGCAUUUCUCCAGACCUUCUAUGCACCGUGUUCAAUAUUUUUCUGGACCAGGGCAGCUGAAUGACAGGGAAAAACAAAACCUACAAACCGUCAUUCCCUAGGGUGUUUCCAUGAAAUAGGGUCUGCCUUAUUGAGAUGAUUACAUUGAUUAAAUUUACCCCUUGGAACAAUUUAAGUUUUUGAUUUCCAAAUUUUGGAGUUCAUUUUUCCACUGUGAUGCUCCUGGGUGCUGAUUGAAUGGUAAACAUUGGAUCAUCAUCACUUUGCCAUGUUCAUGACUACAGUUAGCAUCCACCAAAGACUGGGUUUCCAUUUUAUUUUUAAUAUAUUGUACCUUUUGUCAGACUAAUGGGAAUCUCUAACCAACGCUGGUGGGCACAGUGUGAUCAGUGUAUAUGUAUUACAUUAUUUUGCCCACUAAAACCAUUUCCAGGUUUUUUGUUUUUUUUAAACUAAAUUCUUGAGCGAAAUAGCAAUGCCUCUUGCUUCAGAAUGUUAACACUAACAUCAUUAUGUUUAAAUACUUAAAGAAAAAAGUGGUUUAGUUCGUUAUGUGGUUACUCAGCCAUGUUUUAUUAUGCAUUUUCUUUUUUAAAUUGUAAUGAGUUUCUCUGAACGAUUGGUGGGUUGUGCAAUAGGAGCGCAUCAUGCUACAUUUUGUUGUUUUUUUAACCCCCCAUUGUCAUAGGUCAAGAUACUGGUCCUACUUUAGGUAUGCCCUCUGUCAUUGUCCUUACAACUGGGCUCCUGGUCAGCUGGUCAAGUCAUGGAUGGGACGUCCAAGCUAGAACUAUUUCUGUCAAAUUGCUGAGCAUCUCCAUUAGAGUUUAAUGUGCAC